GUUUAUCAGACGUCCUCGUCCUUCAAACUCUCGAGAGAAAGCAGCCGCUCCCCUAUCCAUCUCCUCCUCGAGGUUCAAUCAUAAUGGAUAGCCAGAUUAAGUUUGCUGUGGUGGUAAAAAUUAUGGGAAGGACCGGUUCCCGAGGUCAAGUGACUCAAGUGCGAGUCAAAUUUUUGGAUGACCAGAACCGAUUUAUCAUGAGGAACGUGAAGGGACCGGUUCGUGAAGGAGAUAUUCUCACUUUGCUCGAGUCUGAGAGGGAAGCUAGGAGGCUUCGUUGAUCGGGGUUUUUCCAUUUAAUUUUGGUUGAAGUUGGUCAUUAGCUUGAUUUUAAUUGUCUACUGUGUUUUCAUGUGUUAUUUCUAAUAGAUGUUUUCGUAUACAGAGACCUGCAAUUUGGGAGAAUUGUUGUUCUAGAAGCUUGAUUUUAUGAUGUUGAGAUGAACUGAAUUUGUUUUGCGUU